UCUAGGUGCCAGUAGAAUCCAAAACGUGGCACUUCAAAUUGAAUUAAAUUCAUAGGAUGUGUGUGUAUUUAAAAUUAAUUCUUGCUGUGUGAAUUUGCUACAUCUUCUGCACUGAACAACAAAAGAUUAUGUUUGGAUGUUGGAAAAUCUGCAGGGAUAAGAACACCUACUGUAGUUAUAAUAAUAUUUUCAUAGAUAAACGAACAUUUCUCAUCUCUGCCUCUAUUUUAUUAAUCUAAUGGUAAUUAUAUAUGUAUAUAUAUAUAUCUUAAAGGACACUGGAUUGUAUUAUGAUGUCUAUCUCAGGCAAGUGAUAGAGGUUUUGGAGACAAACAAACAUUUCAGAGAGAAACUCCAAACAGCAGACAUAGAAGAAAUAAAGAGUGGAAAGUUAAGCAAAGAGCUAGACUUAGUUGGCCAUAAGGUGAGAACAAAACUGGAUGAACUGAAAAGGCAAGAAGUUGCAAGAUUAAGGAUGUUAAUCAAAGCCAAGAUUGAUGCAUAUCAAGAUUCUGGCGUAGACCAUCAAGCUCUUCUCAAACAGUUUGGGCAUCUGAACCACCACAACCCUCACACUUUUGAAGUUAAAGAUUUAGAUAUGCUAAUAAAAACUGUAAGUGUUCAGCAAAUAUUUUCGCAGAUGCUUAGAUGGAGGCAGAGGCAUAAAAAAAAUGAGCUUUUACCACCCCCUAGUGUCAGUAAUAUUUACGAUGGGAUAGUUGAUGAUGAGCAUUGCUCUUUUGUGAAAUCAUUUGCACAAAUGGUGUUCACUAUUAACUUUCAGGGAAGUAAAGACCAACUGAAAGAGGUAUGGGAGGAAGCAGAUGGCCUAGAUCCUAAUGAUUUUGAUCCAAAGACUUUUUUCAAGUUGCAUGAUGUCAAUGCUGAUGGUUUUCUGGAUGAACAGGAAUUAGAAGCUCUAUUUACUAGGGAGCUAGAGAAAGUCUAUGACCCCAGAAAUGAAGAGGAUCCUAAAGACCGGUUAGUCACCUUGGAAGAGUUCAUGAGAGCUACAGAGAAAAGAGAGUUUUUGGAACCAGAAAGCUGGGAGACUCUGGACCAGCAGCAGGUCUUCACUGAAGAAGAUCUGAAGGAUUUUGAAAGUCACAUUUUCCAGAAAGAAGAUGAAUUGCAAAAGCAGGCAUUAGAACUUCAGAAAAAGAGGGAAGAGCUACAACAGCAACAAGACUUCCUUCAGGCUCAGAAACAGGAACUUGAAAUGGCUGUUAAACAAAUGGAACAGAAGAAGUUACAGCAAGGACAUCCCCCUUCAGGUCCAGGUGGAGAACUGAAAUUUCAGCCAUCUGUGUCACAAUUAGAUGGAAAUGUGCAAAAUCAUCCAGUGAGCAGCAAUCAGCCUUUAGCGCCAGGAAAUAUACCAGUGCAAGAAGCAGCUGCUAGAUCGGAUCAUGCCCAGUCUCAUCCUUAACCAGUUGUGCCUCGGUUUAUACACAUUUUGUGGGUGGGUGAGUGAAAUAAUCAGAGACUAAAAAGAAAUGUGAAAAGAAGGAUAAUUUUAAGUUUCAUUUCAUGUGUGGGAUUCAUAUAGGCUUAAAAAUCCAAAUUCAGUGUGUAGAUCUUCAAAGGCACAAAUGAUACAAUACGGGACCCUAAAGUUGUGGAUAUUCUAGUUUUGUCGUUACACAUAGGUAGACAACAGGAUAUCGUAACUUUUUCCUCGCAGAAUCUUCUUUUUUGUCUCAGGUAUAAUUUGGCUUCCUAUCAAUUGUGCUUUUGAAAAUCUUUUUCCUGCUUCUCCUUUAAAUCAUCUAUAGAGAGUCUAAGUCUAAGAUGAGUAAAAACCCUUAAAUUUCUCGAUGUUCUCCAUUGCUAAUGGGUUUGAAGCUGGAGAAGUUUAGAACUGGUCUAAACAAGAGACAACACCUCCCACCCCCUUUUCAGUUCAUGAUGGUAUGUUCCUAAAAGUGCAAACACCUUAGAGCUGUAAUUUCAUGGUUGUGGAUGAAUGAGUUGUAACAAUUCCUUUGGUUUUCAAUAUCCAUUGAAAAUAAACAUCUGUGAUCCAAUUUCAAAAAA